CAGAGCGGGGCGCUCUCCGCCAUACGUGCGCAUAAAACGGCGCAAAAUAACCUCCAUUGUUUUCCAAGAAACCACAGAGAACCCGGACUGGCGGGAGCGCGGAUGGAGCUGUCUGCAUUGCUGGAGUAAACAGCCUGUGUUUCACUGCUAAAAGGCGGCGGUCACCGUGGGUUUAACGAAGACUUGUUGCGAGGAUGGAGACGCGGCGGCGGCGGCGGCGGGCGGGGGAGAUUCUUGGUGGAUGCUGAGAAGCAGCCGGAGUCUCAUCAGCAUCCUUCCUUCCUCCCACAUCCACUACAUGAGUCAACAUGGCCGCGGAGCAGCGCCACCCGCUCGUCUUCUGAGCCGGAGAAGCAGACAAUACCGCGGUACAGAAAAAAACAACAACACACACACACGGUUCGUUUCUAGCUGCAGCAGCGGCAUUUGGUUCUGAAGAGAACAUGAAGCAAAAGUGUCAAAAAUAAAUGGCGUUCAUGUCCCGGUUCUCCCGGUCCCGGAGCAGCUCCAGGUCUCCGAGCCGAAAGGAGUCCGAGCGCGACUCCCAGACCCCGACGGUGUCCGAGCUGGAGAGGCUGCUGUACACGGGCAAGACGGCCUGCAACCACGCCGACGAAGUGUGGCCCAGGCUCUACAUUGGAGAUCAGAACAUGGCGUCAGACCGCCGUGAGCUGGCCCGGCUCGGGAUCACGCACAUCCUGAACUGCGCGCAGAGCAAGUGGCGGGGCGGAGCCGAGUAUUACGCGGGAAUGAACAUCACCUACCACGGGAUCGAGGCUCACGACUCCCCGUCCUUUGACAUGAGCGUCAACUUCUACCCAGCGGCCGAGUUCAUCCACAAAGCCCUCUCAGGCGGAGGUAAGGUGCUGGUCCACUGCACGGUGGGAGUCAGCCGCUCUGCCACUCUGGUGCUGGCCUACCUGAUGAUCAGACAGAACCUGACGCUGGUGGAGGCCAUCAGGACGGUGAAAGAUCACCGGGGAGUCAUCCCUAACCGAGGCUUCCUCCGCCAACUCAACGGCCUGGAUGGCAUCCUGAGAGAGAGCCGCAAGACGUCGCCGCAGAGCUGAAAACACACACACACACACACACACACACACACACACACACACACACACACACACACACACACACACACACACACACACACACAAGCCAAGGUAGCAGCCAUCCACACAGACAGACAAAUUCAGAGCAACUCGUGUCUUUUCCAGCGUGGUGGCUCUGAGUAGCAACCGCUGAGCGGACGCUGGACGAACCGUUUGUUUGUGAUCCGUUCUGCCCGUUUACUGCAGUAGUCCUCUAGGGUCCCGCUCUCCGAAUGGUUUCUUCAGCGAAAGCUCUAAACCCGUCAGACUGACCAGUGGAGGGACUCGACAGUCUGCACAAUAACAGCCUCACGCUGUCCUUUAAAGCAUUCAAACAUUCAUUUAACGCAUUUUUUUUACUGAUGGGAAAAUCAGGGAAACCCUCAGGGAAGCAGCAGAGGGUGCCACUUUCAGGUCAUGUGUUUUUAUUUUAUUUUACAAACAUCCGGUUCAGAUACCCGUUUUACCCGGAGAGUGCAGCAGCAUGGCAUCGUCUCCCUCCAGACUAAACGCUCCCCAUCAGGGAGAGAUGACUGUGGACAUUUUAAAGACAAACAGACGGCGACCUGAUGGGGAAAUGAGUACAGUAUCAGUAUUAAUGUUUAGAUCCCACAGAAAUCACAUAGUAGAUUAGAGAGAUGCCUUUGAGUUCCAGCCUCUCCGUCUUCUAGGCUGCCAUCCUGAUCUCAACCCUCCUGGACAUGGUUGGGCAGAACAUUGAACAAAGUCCUGUAAAAGCACAACUAAAGUCUUGAAAAUACACGAGACAAAAGAAGAAAAACACUCUUUCCAAUGCGUGUUUAUCACAUUAAGGUAGAUUUGUUUUACAGGUAGUCUUGGUAAAAGCCUGCUUCGUUUCUAAUUCCUCCUUGGUUGGCUCGCAUCCUUCCUAUCUUCAUCCCUUCCUCCUCCUCCUCGUCUCCCCGACUUGAGCGAUUUUAAACUUAUCACAUUCCAGGGGACACGGGUGGCAGCUUCUCGCUCCCUUAACCACUUCCUUCCAGCUUGCUCCGUCGACCAAUCACUGGCAGGUGUUCGUUUUUAUUGUAAGUCCUGUUAGAGGUAUGCUGUGCACCUGAGGCUGGAGAUGAAAAGUAGGAAGAUGGCGGAUGCACAAGUCUAAAUUGCAGGACGACUCUGCAGUCUGAACACGGAAUGUAGCUAUUGAGGAGAGAAGAACCCUGGCACCUAAACGCAGGUGUCCUUAGAGAACGGGAGAGCCAGCUGCUCCACGGAGGCCAGGCUGAGAGUCCGGUUCAGCUGCUGAGUGGAAACAGCAACCACUUCCACGUUCACUUUGCCUGAAGACAUCAUCAUGCAGCUCUGCACUGGAGCUGGGAUCAGUUUACCUUAGCUUACUCAGACCAUUCCUUUUAACCUUGAUGAAACAUAAAACAAGGCAAGGGCCCUGAGCUACUAAAUCAUGCAGCAGUUGAACUACAGAUCUAAACCAGCAAAGCUUUGUAGCCAUUUGGUAUUAUCAGAAAUAAGAACAGAGAUUUCACUUCAGUGCGACUAGAUUUCCGUUCUUGGUUUACUGCAGAACACUAUCAACAGGUAUUUCAUUUACGUCCGUUAGCACUAGGUCCAGUCUAGUGCGCGUCUAAGUGUAUUAUUGACCGUGAGGGUCUCUUGGACCGCGUCACAGAACAGUAGCAGACAUGUGCCACCGCCAAAGCUACAAACUGCCUGGCGGACUGGACAGCGUUCAGCGUUCAGGGCCCAGUCAGACCCAGUAUGCUCCGUUACUUAAACAUUUAGGCCAGUUUAAGCCAGCUUUUUAAAUGUCCUCUGUGAAAUGGUGUUGUUUAAUACCUCAAUUACAGUGUUGGAAACAUAGUUUCUGGAUCUUAUUCACUUAUUUUUUGUGCCGUCUAUGAGCAGGAUGUUAGGGUGAGAAUUUCUCAUAGCUGAAAUGUACAUAAAAAAAUUAAUGUUUGGAUUUGUAAAGUCUUAGAAUAUGUAAAGCAAAGACACAGGCUGGAUGAUUCCCAGAAUUCCCAGAGAACCAGCUUACUGUAAAAAUCUCACUUUAGGGAGACUGGCUCCUCAGAAGUUUCAGUGAAGUGACCAGGUACGUUAUUUCAUCAGACCUUUAAAUGUUGGCUUAGAAAACGUGUCAACCUGAUUGCCUACCCACAGAGGUCACUGCUGGGGAUGUUGUGCUAUAAAGGGGUCCCAUCCAGACUGAACCUUAACAAAGGUGUUAAAAGUCAGAUAUCAUCGAUUGCUGUCGUUAAUAGAUCGUGUCAUACCUUUGACGAGAAGACGGCAACAUCUAAUCUAUGCCUCAUCUAGUCCCAUUUUCACUCGUCGUUCAAGCAGAGGGUGCUUUUGAUUUAAGACUAUGAGGCUGAGGUUAAGCCAAGAACAUAAAAACACAUUUGAAUAAAUAGCUUUAGUUAUUAGAAUCUCUCGGUUCGUGUCUCAGUGGUACAGCAGUACAACUGCAACAUGCAGUCCCUGAAGACCAUCCCAGGUUUUUGUCCUGACCUGUAAUCGGACCGCAUAUGUGGACGUUUUAAUUCUCUGUAUCUUUACAGAAAAACCCCAUCUAAAACCAGAACUGGUGUGUUGAAACACAGGCAAUUCUCUUAGUGUAGUUCACCUUUGAAUUCAAUCACAAGUACUUUGCUAUUGUAAUCUGUAUCCCCGCCAAGAUUAAAAGUACUCUGCGACAAAUGUUUUAAAGCAUUUUAAAGCUUCAAAUAGAGCCUGAUCCCUCAACACGUCUUUUUAUGUUUCUAAUUCUAGGCUGCCUAAUCUCUUGAGUCAUCAGCCACCCCUGCUUUCAGGGUUUAGCGCCGUAUUUGGACGUUUUGUCAAAUCACUUUCUGUAAAACAGAACAUAUUCUGUCGGUAUUUACGCUUGUUUUGAACGUCGGCCUGCUCUGAACGCUGACAUUAUGAGACGGACAUAAUCAGACGUUUAAAAACCGCCUCAGUGUUAUGCUGUGGUUGGCAUCCUAGCGUAGCUCACAGAGGACCAACAACUAAGGCCACGGCUCCAUUCCUUCGCCGCGCUGUGGCCCGAAGUGGCACCGCCGCCGAUCCCAGUGCUGCCUGCAAAACAACCUAACUCACCGGUGUUUGGGUCCAAGAGGAAACGUGAAAAUUCCCUCAAACGGGGCGACACCAAGCACACACUAGCAGGUUCAUGGCGUCCUUUGGAUCUGUUUACAAUGUGCUAGUUUCCAGACGGUGUCCGCCUUUCACAUCUUCUGUGUUUUAAUGUUGACCUAGCGUCUAAGCUAACAGCAUCCCAUGGGUAUCUAAACAGAAACAUUUUCUUAAAGCUUAGGUUAAACCUCAAAGGUCUGACGUUACUUCUGCUCAGUGUUGUCCUUUUGACAAAGGAACCUAUAUGAUGUCGUUUUAACAGCAUUAUCUGCUGAUCCGAAUAAGCUAAGCUACUAACAUAGAGACGGCAGUGGACAAAAAGAAGAGAACUCUCCUAAAAGAAGCCGUAGUGAAGUAUUUUCAUUUGGGGUUUUCAGCUUUCCUGUGGUGUGUUUUGUGUUUGUGAUUUUGUUGUGAUGUGACUUGUUGUUGGUCUCAGUUCCUGAUUAGAAUCCUGUGGUUUCUAGCAGAGAGCUUUCUGCAGGAAAACUUUGUAUUUUCUUCGUCUCACUGUCUUUGUGAUUCCCUGAAGGCGAAAACCGGAAAAGGAGAUGCUCAUGCCUUAAUCUGUGUUCUUCAACUUGGUCUUUUUACAGUGAAAAAAUUAUAAUUGUCUUUGUUUUGAUAAAUGCUGUAAUCGGUCAUGAAUAAAGAAAUGAAUAAGUAAUCUCUUUA